AUGAAGACACCUAUCUGUCAAGGCGUUCAGAUCCUGAUUGAAGAAUUGAAGCUCAAGUACAAAUUCGCCUGCUUGAUAGAAUACUGUGACGUGAGAUCUGUCAUUCAAAAAAUCAACGGCUUCUUGAAAUUGAAUGUAAAUGGCAAGAUCCCUGUCCUGCUUGACAACAACUCAAACGCAAUCAAUGGCAAGUCAAGCCCAUUUGCCGUCAUGGAGAGCGCAGCAAUCAUGUUUGACCUCCUCAAACUGUCAGAUGUGCAUCAAUGGAUUGACUGGGGUACCACCGAGUUAUUGAUCCCGAUUCACGAGUUGAUUGGCAUCUGUCGUGAGCACGUUUUCCAUUCCCCAACACAUUGUGAUGAUUGA